GCUUGGGCCAACCUCACAAAAUAUCCGGCCCACAUACUCGCUUCGCUUCGCUUUCCUUCCAAAUAUGCUGUGAGGCGGUUUGUCAAGGCCUUUUUUAAGCAUAUUGCUCCUCAUAUACCCAUCAUACAUGAGCCGACGUUUGACAUCGCCACAACGCCAUCUCCCCUCCUGCUUGCUGUAAUGGCCUGUAGCGCCGUAUAUCUCGGUGAACACUCCAGGGCUACAUCGAUGCAUACCAUCUCCGUGCAACUUGUUUUCGAGAAUGAACGGAUGAUUGCGUUCAGCAAGGCCGACCCUGAGACUCUAACGUGGAUGCUGCAGACAUAUUUGCUCCUCGCUUAUUUUGAGAUUCACUGCGGUUCGGAAGGCAAGCGAGCACACGCGUUUCCUCACUGCGUCAAGCUUACACAAGAAGCAUUCAGUGAGCUACAGACGUGUCCGCCCACCACGUAUAAGGAUUGGGUGCGCUGGGAGAGUCUAAAUAGGUGUAUCUCAUCUACGAUACUCAUAGGUGGCACCGUAUGCUCAAAGGAACAGGAAGCAUGGAUCCCAACACCUAUGGUCGAAGCCAGAUUCGCCCUCCCGUCAAGCAACGCAGAGUGGCUAAAAGAAGAGUCCAGCUGGGGCACCCCAACCGAAGUAUUAUACAGUAACGAUGCGCUGGACAGCAUCAUCGCCGGCCAACCACCGUCCAUGCCAGUCAGCGAAUUCGGUCUCGUAACCAUCGUGUCUGCCCUUCUCUACAGGAUAUGCUCAUUUGAGCUACUAACAGGCUCGCGCGACGGGGAACUCUACACUAAAUUCGGCAAAAAAACGGAACAGUCAUUGCAGGUGCUAGAUGCAAUUCUCAAAGCUCGUACGAUCCAGGAUGAUGGCGGACUGGUCCCGAAUCCCACCGUUCACUGCGCCAGAUCAUUACUGAACUCAGCUUUCUACCAUCUUUACGCUAGCGUUCCGCUGUCUGUCAUGAAGAAGAUACUCUGGUCGCCUGCGAGUCUCGAUGAUCCUGAGAUCAUGCAUCUUUUAAACGAGGCAAUCUCACCUGAACUCUACCAGGCACUCUUCAAUGCAGCAGACCAGCUAAGAUCCGACUGCCGCGUGGGUCUAUCUUACAUUAAAAAAAUAGCGCCCAUAAUAUUCGGGCCCGAAAGCGCGGUCGGCGCUUUAGAGGGCUGCCUGCUUCUUUGCUGGUACCUUCAAUUCGCGCAAUCUCGUGAUUCACAGGCUGAAUCACGCGAUAUUCUCAAUGCAUUGAUAAAUGAGAGUUUUGCAGAAGUUACGGACCUGCAAUUGGGGGAUUAUGGCCUACAAUCAGUCUUACCGCUUGCCGUAUCAGCAGAGCUUCUCUCGGAUGGCUCAAUGUGGAAGUGGCCUUCUUCUGUGUCGCAAAAGCUGAAAUCGUUAAUUAAGAAAUUGGAGGAUUCGGACACUACCAUACACGUUGCAACAGCCUACCCACCAUAGCGACAAACAUUGCUACAGUUCUCCGUACAUCCAAUGUCAAUGUAACAUAAAAUAUCCUCAAUUAGUUGGCCGUCUUAGUUUAUUCGGACUCAUUCCGUAUUCGGGGGAGCAGUGGUGGUCAACAUAACAUGGAAUCUUUUCGGGUCCAAAGCCGAGGAAGUAUUUUUGAGAUAUUAUCAGCAAGCACUCGAUAUAUUAUAUAUAUCAUCAUAUCAUUUCUCUCUCAUUGCAA